GAACCCUGGAUACUUCCGGUUCCGUCAUGCGCCAUUUUGAUGAAACAGCGAGGAGAGAAGAAGCUUCGACCUGCGAUUCUGGAUUUUAUGGAUUAAAUUAAAUUGUGAAAAAUACACCCGGAUAACACAACUUUUCUUCGCAUGAUGGAAAAUAACCGUGGACGGAAGAGGAAACUCUACGCCCUGUCUGCGUAACUGGUGGAUUUAGUUAGAUUAUUCGACAGCUACGUUGAACAACAUUGUUAGCAUAGCAACGGUUAGCAUCCCCGUUAGCUGUUAGCUCUUGUUUCCGUUAAACUGCGGCGAGGCGACGUUAGCUAAUCUCGAGGUGCUUGCAUGUUAGCCUUGGCAUUAGCUAACGAGCUAAUUCAACGGUUAAACGGUAGAUUGCGGUUUCACAAUCAUCUCCUUUGAGGUCUUAAACAACGAUAAAGAGGAAACUGGUGGACUCGGUGCGGAAGCUUUCACGCAGUUUUGUGGACUCUUUUGUGGAGCUCGAUUUUGUUUGUCUUGUCUUGAAGAAUACGAACUGUACCCCCCCAAACAACAAAAAAAGCAAAACAUUGCCUAGGACUGAUGUUCAGGAAAUCCCAGGCCCGCUGCUAGCGACAUUAGCGGCUUGCAGCGCGGCCGCCCGGGCUUUCCGCCAAGGACAAUUUACGACGGACCUGUCCUCAUUUACAUCCAUGUGACAGAUUUACACGGUGCUGCAUGGACUGUCUUGGAUUUGGUGGCAUCCUGUUGUGAUUUAUUGGACUUUAAAGAACUGACGAGGCACACAGCGCCGAUCAAUGGCGCUCUGGUCUCUCACCUCGAUAUUUUUCUUUGGCAAAAACAAGGACUCUGUCGUCAUCUGCGAGCUGAACCCUUCCCUAUCUUAGUCCUUUCUUUGUCCACAGUGUUUUCAACGAAAUAUAAAGAGGGUUUACUCAUUAAAGUCACCAGAUUUAGCCUCCUGUGUUCAGUGUUGACGCUGUUUUAUUUUGUUAUCAUACCAGGCCUGUGUUUUUUUUUCUUCUUGUGCUUGAUUGACUUAAGUGCUUAGACCUGUAAAAAUGUCGUGUGUUCACUAUAAGUUUUCUUCCAAACUGGACUACAACACAGUAACUUUCGAUGGGCUGCAUAUCACCCUCAGUGAGCUUAAAAGGCAGAUUAUGGGCCGGGAGCGCCUCAAGGCCACAGACUGCGACCUGCAGAUCACCAAUGCGCAGACUCGAGAAGAAUACACAGAUGAUGAAGCCCACAUCCCGAAACACUCGUCCGUGAUCGUCCGCCGCACUCCGAUUGGUGGAGUAAAACCUGCUGGCAGGACGUUCAUUGUAGAUCGUUCUGACACAGCUGUGGUGGGAUCUUCUAGACCCACUGAUUCUUCUCCUUCUAUGUCACUCGCCCAACUGACCAAGACUGCUAACCUGGUUGACGCAAAUGCAUCAGAGGAAGACAAGAUUAAAGCCAUGAUGACUCAGUCGAACCAUGAAUAUGACCCGAUACAUUACUCCAAAAAGGCAGUUGGACCUCCUCCUGCUCACUACACCUGCUAUCGUUGUGGAAAAGCCGGUCACUACAUUCGGCAGUGUCCCAUGCUGAUGGUCCAGGAUAAGAGUGUGGAGGGUCCUAAGUCAGUAAGGACUAGUAAAGGGAUCCCUCAGAGCUUCAUGGUGAAAGCAGAGCCUGGCACUAAGGGAGCCAUGUUAACCAGCACCGGAGAAUAUGCUAUACCUGCUAUAGAUGCGGAGGCAUACGCACAAGGAAAGAAGGAGCGCCCUCCGUUUGUUCCUCAUGACCAGUCGUCCUCUGAGGAUGAUUCAGACCCGAUCCCUGAUGAACUCCUGUGUCCCAUCUGCAACGACCUGAUGACCGACGCUGUAGUUAUACCCUGCUGUGGAAACAGUUACUGCGAUGAUUGUAUCAGGACGGCCUUGCUGGACUCAGAGGAGCACGUCUGCUAUACAUGCAAACAGUCGGAUGUUUCACCUGAUAAUCUCAUAGCCAAUAAGUUCCUUCGACAGGCUGUGAACAAUUUUAAGAACGAGACGGGAUACACCAAACAUGUGAGGAAGCAGGUCCAACAUACAGCCCCGCCUCCACCGCGCCCUCUGUUGGUCAGGCCUCUGCACUCCAGACAGCAGGACCCGCUGAUGGCUAAUAUCUCUCACCCUCCCUCUACAAGCGUACCCACCACCGCUCCUCAAGUACAGCCCCCGACCCCUGCACCACCUGCUACUACCACUGCUGCUCCUACUCCUCCGCACGCUGCUACUGUUGAAGAACGAGAUGCUUCACCAGCUCCCGCACCCGUCGUCGACCACCAUUCUCCUAUGCACUCGACCAGCCAGGGUGAACCACCUCCUCCAGGUGAGACCGACCCGGAGCCUACUGUGAAACCAGACUCAUCUGGUCCGUCUGAUCGUGGACCAUCUGAAAGUGGAUCCCAGGGCUACCAUUUAACUGUUAUUGGCCACCCGCCACCUCCAAGGCCACCUCAUCCAUCAGGUCACCAGUCACGGCCUCACCACUCUCACAGAGGAGGCGGCAGCAGACACUGGGACAGGCCCUACAGAAGUAGAGGAGAGCACCCCUCCGCUCACCUCCAGACAGCUCCGCCUCCUGUAGCUGCUCCCCCAGUCUAUCCAGCACCGUCCAUGUACCCGCCGCCACCACAGCCCUACCCCCCUCCGUACGCCACUGGCCCCGGCCUUGUGCCUCCUCCUAUCAGUUACCAGCCCCAGCCUGUCUAUGCCCCUGGACCACCAGGACUCAACCCUCCCUGGGUUGCCCCUGGUGCACAGCCCCCUCUCCUCCCUCUUCCACCCUCCCUCACUCAGCCCCCUCUCUCAAAAGAAGAUUUCUACAGGCAGCGGCACCACCGUCAGGACAAAGUUACAUCUAAACUGGAUGAAUUUACUAAAGACUUCCACAAAGAGCUUAUGAAGUACAGAAAUGCACCAAAGAGGCGAAGACCGUCUUAUUCCAGGUCCCGGUCAUACAGCCGCUCUCCAUUCAGCCGCUCUCCUUACACUCGAUCUAGAUCCAGAUCAAGAUCUAGAUCCAGAUCAAGAUCCCGGUCUUACUCUUAUUCCCCCAGCAGAUCCCGUUCACGCUCUCAUGGCCGGUCUUAUCCCCGUUCUCCUUAUUCUCGACGCAAUGGACGCAGUUAUGGACGCUCACGAACGAGGUCCCGCUCACGUUCCAGGUCUUAUGGGUAUCGGCGCUCUGGCUCACCACGGUCUCCUCCGUCCUUCCGGGGAGGAGGCUGGGAGGGAGCGGAAGCAGCAGGACCCUACAGGUCUAGGUCACGGUCUCGCUCCCCAGGCGGCUACCGGAGCCGCAGCCCCGGUGGACGAAAGCCACCUCCUCGAGAUGUAGUACCAUAUGAACUAAAGGGUCCGAGCCCUGGAGGCCAUGAGCGCUGGGAUAGAGAUAGCUAUCGACAGUGGGAGAAGGAGUACAGAGACUGGUACAACAAGUACUACAAAGACUACGACAACCAACAUCCGCCGCUGCAUCACAGAGGUCGUGGCAGCAGAGACAGAGAGAGAGACAGAAUGUCCCCCUUAUCCAGAGAUUACUCCCCCCAGGGGCGAGGGAGGAGAGGGAGAGAAGAGAGAGGCGCUCCACCUCACCAUCCUCCAUCAUCUUCCUCAUCAGGAACCAAGUCCAGCACUAAAGUCCUAAAGACAAAGAAAGUGAAAAAGAAGAAGACCGGAGAAGAGCCUGAGCCAUCACACCAGUCAGUGGACAGAGGCGAUGCUACACCCGUCAGAGACGAACCAAUGGACGAAAUCCCUUCACUUACUAAAACGCCUCCCAUCUCCUCAAAGCCUCCAGUUGGCACUGCAACCACUAAGGCUCCAGCCUCUAAAAGCACCGCUGCACCUGUUAAACCACCUGCCAAGUCAACAUCGAAGACUCAGUCUGACAAGACCAAGAAGGACAAGGGUCAGAAGGUAAAAGCUAAAGUAAAAACAGAAGGUGUGAAGGUCAAGAGUGACAAGGUGAAGAAGAAGACAGGAGAGGGAGUGGUGACCAAAAAGAAAGACUCCUCAUCCUCGUCCUCCUCUGUCGCAAAACCAUUAAAGACCACCAAAGCCAAACCAGAAGAUGCCCCCAACUCAACUACCCCUAAAAAGGAAAAGAGUAAAAGCUCCGCAGCGAGACCUGCCCGGCCUAAGACCCCUCCACUGUCCUCCCAGAACCUACCUCUACCUCAUCCCUCUCUCCACGACGGCCCUCGAUCCAGCCACGACAUACGAGGUAGAAGAGAUCUUCCUCAGAGCGGUGGUCUCCUUCCCCUCCCCCAUCACCCACUCCUCCACCUCCCUCCCUCCCCAGGAGACAGUCGGAGAAGGAUGGGAGAAGAGAGUCGCUCCUUACUCGGGCCUCCACCUGGAAAGCUGAGGAGAAUAGACGGGCCGGGGGGCGGAGGUGACGUCCUCUCGCACUCACACAUCUCUCAUCAGCCUCCGCUCCAGAGACUCCCACACCCCUCUGACAGGCCCGGUCUUCUUCCCUUACCGGGGAGCCGUGAGAUGGGCCGAGGAGACACAGAUCGAGGAUCCAUCAGGCCUCUCAUGGACCUUCAGGUGAAGCCACUGAGUCAGACUCAGAGGAGGAUCAAGUUGAACAGAGAGCUGGGGAGAAAAGGCAGCACAGAGACGGCACCCUCAGACAGAUCAUCCUCAGGCCCCGAGAAGACGAGCUCUACCUCAGACCGAUCAACUGCCGCCAACAUCCCAGAAGGAGACCGACCGAGCAGCGCAGCAGAAGGUGCAGGAAGAAAAGAGAGGUCAACCUCUGGCGAGAGAGGAGUCUCCAGAGAGAGACCAGGGAGCGCUGGGGAGAGACUGCUGGGCUCGGACAGAGUGUCGGACAGAAGCUCGGGACUGGACAGAGAGCGGGAGAGAGCUUCAGGACUUGACAGGGAAAGGGAAAGGGAAAGGGACCGAGACAGAGACAGAGACAGAGGUCUGGGGUCUGAAAGAGAGAGGGACAGAGCCUCGGCGUCAGGCUCACAGAAGGCAUCGGUUACAGUGGAGAGAGAAGCCGAAGGAGAGAGGUCAGGGAGGACGGAACGAAAGAACUCCAGUGGUAGAAGUGGAGGCGGGAGGUCGGUCUCUCUGGAUAAACUGACCAUCGCAGAAAAAUCAGCCAGCACCAAGAAAGUAGUAGACCCUGAGGAGAAACCAAGCGUAUCCUCUAAGAGAGGAGAGGGGUCAGAAAGAGCCGCUAAAUCUGACAGGAGUGUGUCCAAGGACAGAACAGAGAGGAGUGUCCCCUCAGGAGAGAAACCAGCUGCUGCUCACAGAGAAGCAGUGAAAGAUGCUGAGGUGUCUUCUGUGAAGAGCAAACCCAGGAUCAGUCGAAAGGCUCUGACAAGCCACAGUGGGAGCUCCAGCAGUAGGUCAAGUCAAGAGACGAAACAGGACUCAGAAAAAGACCAGAGGAGUGCAUCCUCCAAACCUACAGAGCAGCCUCUGCCUAGCCCUGUGAACAGCCGUGGCCGCAGCCGCAGCCCCAGCAUCAGCCCAGCACCCAGCCCUGCCAGGGAGGAGCCGCUCAUUCAAGCUCCCCCUCGCUCCAAGUGGGAGAGAGAAGAUGAUGAAGAGGGGCAGGAAAACGGUCUAAGCGCACCUAAGGAGCCCUCACCGUUGCCGCAGAGGGGCCGAGGCAGAGAGGGGCAGACUGAAGCACCUAAACCUGUCAGGAGCGAGGGCCGGGAUGCUGCAAGGGAGGAGAGGAGAGGAGUAGUGAGGGAGGAGAAGAAAGGGAGAGCGCCAAGGGAGGAAGGUAAAGGUGGCAGGGCAGCGCAGGCAAAUUCUGACAAACCAACCAAAACUAAAAUCGUGAGGGAAGAGGGGAGAGGCGUCCGAGAAGAAGGGAGAGCUGGAGCAAGAGAGGAAGGAAGAGGGGGAGGAGGAAGAGAGGAGGGAAGAGGAAUGCCUGGGAAGGAGGAGAGAGCAGCAGAAGGCAGAGGCGGCGGAGGAGGAGGACGAGAGGAGAGCCGUGGCCCAGAGCCCAGGAGACAGCGUUUGUGCUCUGACCUGGGUCGUGAGACCGACGAGGCCGCCUUCGUCCCGGACUACAGCGAAGGAGAAGGCUCGGACACGGAGAGAGGGAGGAGCGGCAGCCCCAGCCCGUCCAUCGGCCAACAAUCCCACAGCCCCUCCCCUAGCAACCACAGCGACUCGGCAACCACCUCCACCACCACAGCGGACAAGAAGAAGAAGAAACACAAGAAACACAAAAAACACAAAAAGCACAAGAAGCACAACAGCCAGGAGAAAGAGGGAGAACCCAAGGAGCACAAGCACAAACACAAGAAGAAGAAACACAAAAAGAACAAGGACAAAGAUGGAGAGGAAAAGGAAGAGAAAGCAGAGGAGGGCGCACCUUGCUAACAGGGGCUAAACUAAGCCUGCUGGCUGAAAUCUGUAACCUUGUGUAUUAAUAAGGAGAAAAUGAUAAAUCUGCUAACAUUUGCAAGCCCCUCUCUGUGCCAGGGAAUAGACAGAAUAGGUCUUUAGCUGUCUAUGACCUUGCAGGACACUGGUGGAGGGCCGUCUGUCUGGCUGUUAUUCUAACACUUACUGUUACUGCAGCUUUCCAAACCUACACGGUACUUUUGUUGUGCCUGAAUCGCAGCAUUAUGAGCGCUGCUGAGGUCUCUUUAAUGUUCUUAUGAACGUCUUCGGUGACUCUGGGUCAGAAAAACAGAGGGAGUGCUGUUGUACUGCACUGUUGUCAUCAGCCAGAAAGGACUUGAUGAUAAUAACUGAUCACACAGCAGUGAAUCUAAACGGAUAGGAAUAACAAACACUGUACUCAGGGAUGUGAUUGCUUCUUUGUAGAGGAGAAAUUACUGUUUCUUUGCCUCUGAUUCAUUGUAAAUAGAGAUGAACUGUUCCUCCACAUAAUUUUUCCUCAGUUUGUUUUGCUCACAUCCCUGUGUGCUGUUCAAGGCUUAAAUACGGAAUAACCUUCAUUGCUGUGAGGGCCAUUGUAAGCUCUUUUUGAAGGAUCUUACGAGCGGUUUUGCAUGUUUUAGCACAUUAACUACAGAUUGUGUGUACUUUCCAUUACUGCUAACCAUUUUCCACCUUGAUAAUCUCAUCUUCAGGCAGAUAUUGGUUUCAGGAUAUGUCAGUACAGUUAUUAUUUUUUAAGUUUUUGGUUUAAGUUGUGUUACUAUUUCAUGUAAAGACUUAAAAACUCAGCUUGUUUGGAAAACAUUUAAGCAAACAUAGACACUGGGAAAAACGUCAUGUGACUUUUAAAUGAAGGUGACAAAUGCUCUCAGAUGGGAUGACCUGUCUACACAGAGAUUAAGUCACUACAAGUCCAUUUUUCAAGUUUAACAUGAUGGAAAUCUUGUACUUUCCUGAAAUAUUAUGGAAUUAUUUGGAGAUUAUCAGCAGUAAUUUAUUUGUGAUUAAUCGGCUAAAACUUGCAAAAUUAACAGUAAUGGUCUUUGACGUUAAAGCAGACGUUUAUGCAUUCAUGCUACACUGGAUUGUAUUAUCUAGGAUGUGUUUAUUAAUAAUGACAAAUCAGUCUGCAUGUUUUUGUUCCCAAGGUGCAGUGGUUGUCUAUCACGUUGUGUGUGUGUGUGAGUGAAUGUGUGUGUGUGUGUGUGUGUCAGAGUGAAAGUGAAAUGUGACAGAAAUGAGACAAA